AAAAGGGAAUGCCCUGCGUUCCUGUUGAAACGCACAUAUAUUUUACAAAUCGCAUGUCUUGAGUGCUGUGACGUAGCGUAUGUGCGCAUUAGUUCCUAUAGUCUUGACGCAGUGUUUGUUGUGACAGCAAUAGAAGAAGCUCAGCACACCGGCUGCACUGUUGCAUGCACGUCGAGUAGUUAAUUAUUUUACCGCAUUCAACUGCAGUUCCCCCUCCACACACACUCACACAUAUUCACAGCUGAAAAAAAGAAACCUUCUUUCGAACAACACCUGUGCUUUGUGGAAUACUUCAUCUUUUCUUUUUUUCCCCCCAUCUGAAACAGGAAUAUCGUCUGUGAGGUCUCAGGAAAUGCCGUGGGCUUUAAAGACAUUUGAAUGGAGAAAACGGAGUGUCUCUACGAAAGCUUCCGACGUGGACAGAUAGGAGAAAACCAUCCCGGAAUGAAACCAAUCUAAACCUUUCGAAGGCGAUUUAUUUGGACAUUUCCAACACUUGCCCUGUAUGUGUGGACUGUUUUUUCAACCGUGCGUGAGAGCGAGCAAGCAAGCAUUCCCUCAUCCGAUGGAUUUUUGCCUUUGCAGCUCAGCAGAGGGUGUUAGAUCUGCCAGUGAACACCGGGCUGAAAAGUCCUGAAUCUCACAGAAUUUGUCUUUGUGAUACAAAUGCGUUGAACGAAACCGCCGAGGUCCGAGGACGGAUGCUAAAGAUGUAAAAAUUUCGGAUUAAUCUUACUGCGAUGCAUAGAGAUGUACGCGGUGUGAUUUCAGCACCACGGGAGAAAGAACAGCUCCCGCGCCGUGGAUAUGUGAGAAAUGCACAAGGUCAGUGAUUUGCGAGUCUGGAAAGCCAAAUAAUUGAGUUGAAGAUGUCAUUUUGUAAUCUUUAAGAUUGUUUUGAAAGCAUGCGAUGGGGAGGUGAUGAAAAAAAAGGCUUCAUGCUAUCGAUUUUUUUCUCAAUCUGGACAUAGCGAGCUGAGCAUGGAUAUAAUCACAGAGUGUACUCUGCUUUUUUAGACUGGAUAUACAUCUUAUUUUUCGCCCUCUUGCUGAUUGUAUUCAUGUCUUGAUGUCGGGGAUGAUUGUGUUGUAUUAAAAAUGCUGCUUUGGAUUGUGUUGCUGAAGGCGGCUCUUUGUGUAGCUAUCGGGAAUGUUACAAGGGACGUCUGUAAGGAGCAAAUCUGUUCCUGCAAUGCAAUAGAAGGCGAUUUGCACAUUGACUGUGAGAAAAGGAGCCUCACGAACCUGCACCAUUUGACAGGUCCGAGCUCCCAGUUUUACCAUCUCCUGCUUCACGGGAAUUCUUUAUCCAGACUUUUCCCCAACGAGUUUGCUAACUUUUACAAUGCUGUGAGCUUGCAUUUGGAGAACAAUGGCUUGCAUGACAUUGUGCCCGGUGCGUUCUUGGGACUGCAGCUUGUGAAACGGCUGCACAUCAACAACAACAAGAUUAGGUCUUUCAAAAAGAAUACAUUUCUUGGUUUAGAUGACCUGGAGUACCUUCAAGCUGACUUCAACCUUCUGAGGGACAUUGACCCGUCCGUGUUCAGGGACUUAAGUAAGCUUGAAGUUUUAAUCUUAAAUGACAACCUUAUUAGCGCUCUUCCCAUAAAUGUGUUUCAGAAUGUGCCCAUCACGCACCUCGAUCUGAGAGGGAACCGAAUAAAAACGUUGCCUUAUGAAGGGAUUCUAGAGCAGAUACCUGGCAUCGUGGAGGUUUUAUUGGAGGACAACCCAUGGGAUUGCAACUGCGACCUGGUUUCCCUAAAGGAAUGGCUAGAGAACAUCCCGCAGAAUGUGCUCAUUGGAAGAGUCAUUUGCGAGGCACCCACUCGGCUGCAAGGGAACGAUCUGAACGAAACGGCUGAGAUGGAGUUGUGCCCUUCAAAGAGCGGCAUGGAUUCCAGCCUUGUUGCACCUCCCACCCAAGAUGAGACUCCCAAUCGCGGCCCCCGUCCAACGCCAUAUAAAGCGAGUGGGGUGACGGAGUCCCAUAAUGCUGGGGGAGGGCGUAACAGGGGACGUCCGGGAAAAGCCAGGGAAAAUUGGCAGCUGAAAACGAAGCCCACAGCCAUGGCGACUGGCACCAAUGAAAGGGAGCCACCUGCUAAUUCGACCUGCCCUCAGUCCUGUAGUUGUAAGUUGAUAGGAACUAGACAAGGGCUUGGGGUUAACUGCGAGGGCAGGAAAAUAGAAAGCGUGGCUAAUCUCAAACCAAGACCCCUGAGUGCGCAUGAGUUAAAUCUGCGCGACAACAACAUUCAUACCAUCAAAAGGAACCAGCUCAGAGGAUACCAUAGCUUGAAUUUGCUUGAUUUGGGGGGGAAUAACAUUAAAAUGAUUGAAAAUGGCACUUUUCACAAUCUGACGGAGUUGAGGUGGCUCUACAUGGACAAGAAUUACUUGGAUACAUUAAUGGCGGAGAUGUUCAUCGGACUUCAGAACCUGGAGUAUCUCAGUUUGGAAUAUAAUGACAUCCAGCUCAUAAUGCCAGGCACCUUCAGCCCAAUGCCCAACUUGAGGGUGCUCUUUCUCAACAACAACCUGCUCAAAGCUCUACCCGUGGAUUCAUUUUUGGGGGUGUCUUUGUCUAAAAUAAGCUUGCAUAACAAUUAUUUUACAUAUCUCCCUGUAAUAGGUGUCUUAGAGCAGCUCAACUCCAUUAUCCAGAUUGAUUUGCAUGGGAAUCCCUGGGAUUGCUCAUGCAACAUUGUUCCCUUCAAAAAGUGGACAGACAAGCUUGGGGCAGACGUUAUUGUGAGCGAUCUCAAAUGUGAAUCUCCCGAGGAGUUCUGGAAGAGGGAUUUCCGGCGAAUCAGGAACGAUCUAAUGUGCCCUCAAUUCUAUGAGAAGAUCUCCCCCACCUCCCUGUCCAAAAACAGCACUUUCCCGGCAGAUACAGGGACACGGCCAAACUCCUACCUGGAGCCUAGCAGAGUGUCCAUUUCGGUGCUCGUGCCCGGUCUGCUCUUGGUUUUCGUGACGUCUGCCUUCACCGUGGUGGGAAUGCUGGUCUUUAUCCUGCGAAAUCGAAAGAGAUCGAAGCGGAGAGACGGCAACUCUUCUGCGUCAGAAAUCAAUUCUUUACAGACAGUAUGCGACUCAUCCUACUGGCACAGCGGAGCUUAUCAUGCAGACGGGCCAAACAGAGGUUACGAAUGUGGUGCCCACUCUCUCACUGACAAAUGAUGCUCAUGGAGACAUGAACAAGCAAAUGGAUGUACUGUGUUUUGUAUGUUGCAGUGACAAUGGAGGGCGACACACAAACAUUAGACCUCAGACUCGCCUCUGUGGGGAAAAAAAAUAGCCUAUUUUUGUUGCUUCAGUUGAGUAUUGCAUCCAUGAAACACUGCGAUGGGGCCCCCACUGUAAUAUAUGUAUAGAACCUCUCUCUCUUUCUUUCUCCUCCCAGUUCAGACUGCAAAACACGCUCAAAAGAGGACGUGGGAACAGUGCACGAACGCAUGAAUGUAAUGUAAAUAAUGGACUGUAACAUAUCUGCAUGAUUCGCAUGGUCUCAACACACACUGAGAACCAUUAACAUAGUAUCAAGGAAGCCAACGCGACCCUUCUUUCGUGUUAUCAGUAUAUAUAUAAAUAUAUAAAUAUAUAAAUAUAAAACUAUAUAUGACUAUAU